GUGUAGCUGCACACAAACAUUUCUGUGGUUUGUAGAUUAAACUGCAUCCAAGAAAACUGAGAAUUUACCAUAGACAGACAAUAAUGGCUUACAAAGGUUUGUGGAAGUGUGUGAUUUUUGUAACAUUGGUGCUCUUUGUGAGAACUGCAUCAGGAACAGGUGAGUCUGGUGUUUGCACGAGGACCCUCUAUCGGAGAGCAUCCAGGCAGCAGAGUUUCUCAGAGCGAUACAGCUAUACUACUCACAGAUGUGUUAGAUGUGGUCCAAGUACUGUUUUCGGGUACCGCACAGCAUAUAGAACAGUGCACUACACCCAAGCGUAUGAUGAGGAUCACUGCUGUCCAGGAUAUAUUGGAACUGCACCACGUUGUCAACGUGGGUGUCCAUCUCUGCCCUUGCAUGUCUCUCAUGGAAAAGUGAUAGUUACCUCUAUUCUUGUUGGUGGCACUGCCUUAUACAGCUGUAGUCCAGGAUAUAGAGUUGAUGGAGGAGCUGUUCUGACCUGUCAAUCAGACGGCAGCUGGAAUAACACAAUUCCAACUUGUAGACGUGUGUGCCCUGUUCUUAAUGGAAUUGCUGAUGGUGCUGUUAGUAAAACUGAUGGGGACUUUGCUAGGAGUGAGGCAAGCUAUUCUUGUAGCUAUGGAUACGGAAUGGUUGGAGGGUCAACACUAACCUGUAUGAGCAGCGGAGAGUGGAAUAGACCACCUCCAGAAUGCUACAAGUUGAUCAUGUGCCCUCGUCUUGAUGAUCCUGCUAAUGGUGCUGCGACACUAGAGAAUCGCACCAACGGAGUAGAUAGUCUUGUUAGUUACGGAUGCUCGGCUGGAUAUACUCUGGUAGGGUCUGAUUCCAGGACCUGUCAACUGAAUGGAACCUGGACCCAUUCUGAUCCUCAGUGCGAACGUAUCUGUCCCACACUGAGUGCACCACGCAAUGGAAAUAUGAAUGUAUCAAAUUAUUUUGUGGGUGGAACUGCUAAUUUUGUUUGCAAUGAGGGAUUUGGAAUGGUCGGGAUUGAACAAAUUAUUUGUGCAGCUGAUGGUAUUUGGAGCCAGCAACCCCCAGUUUGUAAUCGUGUGUGUGGGCCUCUGAAACAAGUUCUCAAUAGUACAUUGACUGUUGAUUCACAUUUUUACAAUGGAAAAGCAACAUACCAGUGCAAUGAAGGCUUUAACUUCAAGUUUUCAGGAUCCCAAGCAGAAAGCCGCCUCACAUACUGCUGUCUACAUGAUGACAAUUCUGAUCACUUGUUGGAGUGGGUUGGUGAUUAUGAUGUGGUUCCCGAUUGUGAACCUAUCAAAUGUUCCACACGUAAUCUGCGGUUGAUACACGGAAUUGUUUCCGUGUCUUCAAUUUAUUAUGGUGGAGUUGUUACAUAUGCGUGUGCCUAUGGAUACAAGCUGAGCAGUGGAUCACAAACUAAAAGAUGUUCUAAAGAUCGUAUAUGGGAGCCAAGGAUGAAUCCAUCCUGUACAGGGGUUCCUGGUAACUGCAGUAGUUUACAACAGAUAACAGCUCCUGUCAAUGGGGAAGUUUUGAUCACCUCUCAUCUCUAUGGGGGGUCGGCCAAGUACAAGUGCAACGAUGGAUUUACGCUCAUGGGGGAUGGGAUGAGGAAUUGUACAGAGGGUGAGAGUACAGUGAAAUGGAGUGGAAGCCAACCUCAGUGCUUGAAUACUGAGCCCAACACUGAAAGCCCUGAGGACGUUCCUGAAGUCCCCAUGGACAACAUUAGGCCCUGAGUGAGCCGCAGAGUAAAGAACAAUGUGUAUAAUGUACUUACUCAAUCGUUUGCAGAUAACUAUUAUUUUCUGAUGCUGAUUAUUUUGUUUAUUCUUCCCCCCCCCCAUAUACAACUCAUUAACAUUUCAGUUAUCUCUG